CUCCCAACAUCCGGGUACCUGUCAGCCGGCCGCGCCGCCGCCCGCUCUCUGUUCUCUCUCAUUGAGGCGGACGGGAGGGAGCGCAGGGAAGAUGGCGGCGGCGGGGCGAGCCGGCUCCUUCGGUUCCUCUUCCUCCUCGCCGGGGCUCGGCGCGGGGGGUGGCCCGGCCGCCAGCAACAACGCGGAGCUGCGGGCGGGGGGCGAGGAGGACGAUGGGCAGAACCUCUGGUCCUGUAUCCUCAGCGAGGUGUCCACACGCUCCAGGUCUAAACUGCCUUCGGGGAAAAACGUCCUGCUGCUGGGGGAAGAUGGUGCAGGAAAAACUAGCUUAAUAGGCAAACUUCAAGGAAUAGAGGAGUACAAGAAAGGAAGAGGAAUGGAAUACUUGUACUUAAAUGUGCAUGAUGAAGAUAGAGAUGAUCAAACAAGAUGUAAUGUGUGGAUUUUGGAUGGUGACCUGUAUCAUAAAGGUCUCCUUAAAUUUGCAAUGGAAGCUAACUCUCUAAAGGACACUCUGGUUAUGCUGGUCGUAGACAUGUCUAGGCCUUGGACUGCAUUGGAUUCCUUACAAAAGUGGGCAAGUGUUGUAAGAGAGCAUAUUGACAAAUUAAAAAUUCCUCCUGAAGAAAUGAAAGAAAUGGAACAAAAGUUGGUAAGAGAUUUCCAGGAAUAUAUAGAACCAGGAGAGGAUUUUCCAGCUUCUCCACAGAGAAGAAAUACAUCAAUACAGGAAGACAAAGAUGACAGUGUGAUUUUGCCGUUGGGUGCAGAUACGUUAACAUGUAACUUAGGCAUUCCAGUAGUAGUAGUUUGCACAAAGUGUGAUGCCAUUAGUGUCCUGGAAAAAGAACAUGACUACAGAGAUGAACACUUUGACUUCAUUCAGUCACAUAUCCGACGGUUUUGUUUACAAUAUGGUGCAGCACUUAUUUACACUUCAGUAAAGGAAAAUAAAAAUAUCGAUUUAGUGUAUAGAUAUAUUGUCCAGAAAUUAUAUGGAUUUCCUUUCAAUGUAUCUGCUGCUGUUGUGGAAAAAGAUGCAGUAUUUAUUCCUGCAGGAUGGGAUAAUGACAAGAAGAUAGGAAUAUUACAUGAAAACUUUCAGACACUAAAAGCAGAUGACAGUUUUGAAGAUAUCAUAACAAAACCACCUGUCAGAAAGUUUGUGCAUGAAAAAGAAAUAGUAGCAGAAGAUGAUCAAGUAUUUCUUAUGAAGCAGCAGUCUCUAUUAGCGAAACAGCCACCUACUGCAGCUGGAAGGCCAGUGGAUGCUUCGCCCAGAGUUCCUGGAGGCUCCCCUAGGACACCAAACAGAUCAGUAACAUCCAACGUGGCCAGUGUCACACCCAUCCCUACUGGCUCAAAAAAAAUUGAUCCUAAUAUGAAAGCUGGAGCCACAAGCGAAGGCGUCCUAGCUAACUUCUUCAACAGUUUGCUGAGUAAAAAAACCGGUUCCCCAGGUGGUCCUGGCGUUGGCGGUGGCAGCCCUGGAGGAGGGGGCAGUGGAGGUGGUGGCAGCAAUUUACCACCGUCAGCAAAAAAGUCAGGCCAGAAGCCAGUCUUGACUGAUGUUCAGGCAGAAUUGGAUAGAAUUUCACGAAAACCUGAAAUGGUCUCUCCCACAACACCUACAUCGCCCACAGAAGGUGAAGCAUCUUGAAGACACCAAAUAAAGCAAUUUAUUCAGUUUUCUGGGAUAAUUUAAACUUGCCUCUGCCUCUUCCUUCAGUGACUGGAACUAGACAGCUGAAACACUUUUUCAGAGAAGGACAAACAGUUGAUGUCUUGAUUUCAUGUGUUGCCCAGCUUUACAAAAGGGAUCUAAUACAGAUGGAAAACUAUACCACAACAUAUAGGACUACUGUUCACGGUGCAACUUAAAGAAUUAACUAAUUCCUGGAUUUUGUUGAAAAGUUGGUGUAAUUGUGUAAAAUGGCACAUAUGUCCACUUAAUCAUAUAAUGUUAAAGGCUGCUUAAAGAGUUGGAAAAUGAUAUGUAGCAUGGGCACGUAAUGUAUAUUGAUCUCCCAACCUAGUAUAGUUGAAUUUAAUACAGGUUAACCUUUGAGAGAGAGAACUACUAGUUUUGCUGGAAGAGAGGAUAAUCAUUUGUUAUAAUUUUGUGCCCCAACAAUAAACUAACCUGAAUAAAAUUCAACACUUCAUGUGGAAUAUGACAGCAAACCUGUCUAAUCUCCAUUUAAGAUUUUAUACUGCAUCAAAAACUUGGGCUAAACUUUCAUUCCAGCAUAAGACUUUAAAAUAUUGGCCAAUUUGAUAACUUCAGACACUGAAUAAACUAUUUGUGUAAAGAAAAAAGCAGAGGUUAACUUAAUAAAAAAUGUACAGAUUAUCAGUAUCCAGAUUUUUUCUGUAUAUAUGGCUCAGCCUUAACUCCCCUCCCCCCCCCAUUUUUGUUUCCCAAAUUAGUUAUGGUUUUAAAUCAGACAUUAAAACUGUGAUCAGUUAAUAAAGUAUUAUCUGCAUUCAGAUAUAAAUAGAUUCAUUGCAUUCUCUUGUAUUAAUGUAUAUUAGCUAAUCAAAAUAUUUAGUGUUUCACUCUUGAAGACUAGGUACUUUAAACGUCCCUCCCUCUUAUCUGUCACCUUUCUGUGAAUAAUAGUAUGGCCCAGCUUUAAGCUUCCCUAAAACGUGAUAGUUCUGGAAGAAACAGAUGAGUCUGCUACUCAUACAAUAUAGCAUUGUACUAAUGUUCCUACGUGCAAAACUUUGAUCAUCAGAUUUUGGGGAUGUAGUCUUUAGUUUAAAAGCCCACUAGAUAUACGAAGCAUCCUACUGAUGAUUUUUCAGUGCACUCUGUGGAAUCAUGUGUCAAAAGUUAGCAUUUUAUUGGUUAUUUCAGCUUUCAGUUCACAGUAUUUGAGAAACACUUGAGAUCAUAAACGUAAUGUGAGAAGUCUCCCACUGAAGCUCAUGGUAUACUGAGAUUAGAACAACUUUCAAAGCUUAUCCUGAGUAUUUUUAUUAACACUUCUUAAAUAGGUGUACAAUUUUUUUACUACAACAGUGGGUAUAAUAUACACAAUUUCCCUAAUUUACUAAUUGGAAAUCUGCUAAAAAGUGUUAGGAGAAAACAUUAAUAUCCAUAAUUUUUAUUCUGGGUAUGGUAUUAUACUUGAUAUUGCUGUUUAAAUUCCUACUUUUGAUACAGAUUUUUUUGAUUCCCCAAAAAAUUAAUGUUUUUGAGACUAACAUACUAGAAUGUUUUGCUUUUGUUAGCUUUGAUUUUAUUGCUUGCGCUUCAGGGAACUUUUUAAAAUAUUGGCUGCUUAUCAAUGCUAAAAAUCUGAGACUAGCUGUCUUAUCUAAACAAAUCUAUUGAAUUAUUUUAAACAUGGGAUCUCAUUAGAUUUAUUCCUGAUCAGAUUAUUCAAAAGUACAACAAUGUUAAAAUGCUGCCCUUGCAACCAAUAAUAAUGGUCCAACUCUCCUGACCAAAUAUGUGAACUGUUGAGGAAUAACUGUAUAGAAUAUAUACAUGAAGGAAAUGGUUUCUAAUCACAGAUGCAUUACAUGCAUCGCUGUUCCUUGAACAAUUCACUACUGUGCUUACACAUGUACAGUAAUUUUUUUAACAUAGUAAUUUAAAAUGUGCAUGACAGCUCUUAUCCUGCUGAUGAGAUCACCGGUCUGUUUCCUAUCUAAAUUCUAGUGGUACACCAUACUAGCAUUAAAAGGCAGAAACUUAAGAUUUUAGCAUGUUUAAAUUGCAAAACUAUUUUUGUACUGUUUUAGUUUUUGCAAAGAAAACACUUUCAGUUUCUAAACUCUUCAGUUCUGUUCAUUUGAGCAUAUCUGAUAUCAAAGUAAAGGCCUUUUUGUUAAGUUGGACAAAUGUCUCAAAAGAGAUCAAUAAACAUCCAUUACACAGUUUAUUUUUGGGGCUUUAUUUUAGAAAAAGAAAUUAUAAUGGAGUCUCAAUACUAAAGUGCAUGAAAACAGAACCUCAUUUCUGCAUAUUUGAAGUUUUUGAAAUAUAUGCAUUGAAGGAUUCCUUAGCCUCUCUUUAUCAAGGACAAAUCUGCUACAAAGGAAAAGGCAGUAGAAGGAUGCUGUGUGCUCUGCCCUCAUGUUUUAGAGAAAAUAAAGACCGUGUUCUGUGGAAAAAUGCAUCAAAAAUCUAUUGCAAAUAAGUAGUUUAAACACUUGUUUUUUUAAAGUGGCUGUUGCCAAAUCAGUAUGAACUGUAUCUGUUGUACGAUACCAUCUGUUUAAACAUACAAUAAAAUCAUGACAAAACUGGCACAAUAAAGCAGCUACAACAAAAAAAGAAAGGAGACUAGAGGCUAUUGUCCUCUAACUGGGAUUAAACACUCAGUUGCCACUCAGUAAUCUAUUUUAUCAUUCUAUUAAUGGGAGUAGAAUGUCUUCUUGAGUCUAAUUUCCUCUUGCUGUUUCAGCUGUCAAAAAGGUCCAUGUU